GGGUCUCCCACGCAUUCUCCUCCACUACCUUUGACGCCUGUUUAACACGGCCUGGUACACGGACAUCGCCAUUGUCUCCUGAGCGGUUUAGGUGAAGAUGGACCCUGCGGCCCAGCCACUGCUCGCCACGGCGGAGCACGACCACGAGGCUGACGGGCGCAUCGCCGUCGUGCCCGGGAACGGAAACAAACACGCCGAGGACGCAGAGGCGGAGGAGAUGUCCACGUCCAUGCAGAGCCGGUUGGAGGAGAGCGGCACAGCCUCGGCUGGCGCCGGCGACGAGGCGGACGAGGACGAAGAGAUGGCAUCGCGCAUGCAGCAGCGUCUGGACGCGCUUCCGGGGAAGCCGCACGAGAGCGAGCCCUUCACCAUCUUCCGGGUGGCGGGGCCCAUGCGCGACCGCAACCGUCACCUCUACGAGCCGCAGAUGGUCUCCGUCGGUCCCUUCCACCGGGGCGCCGCCCGCCUCCGCGCCAUGGAGGAGCACAAGUGGCGCUACCUCCGCGACCUCCUCGCGCGGGGCCACGAGCCGCUCGCGUCCUACGCCCGCGCCGCGCGGGCCCUCGAACCCGCGGCGCGCCGCCGCUACGCUGAGCCCACCGAGGACCUCAGGCCGCGUGGCUUCGCCGAGAUGCUCCUCCUCGACGGCUGCUUCAUCAUCGAGUUCUUCCUCAAGGGCGAGGACGGCGCCGCCGACGCGCUCAUCGACGCCGCCUGGGCCAUGCAGAAUGUCUACAGCGACCUCUUCCUGCUCGAGAACCAGCUCCCCUUCUUCGUCCUCGAGCGCUUCUACGCCAUCGCCACCGGCGGCCGAGGCCGCGACCACCUCGUCACCAGCCUCCUCGCCAAGUACCUCACCGUCGAGACACCGCAGGACGCCGCCACGGCGAAGCCCCCCGACGGCGAGAUCCUCCACCUGCUGCACCUCUACUACCACUGGUUCCUCCCACCACAAGAUGAGGACGCCGCCGUCCCUCCCGCUGGCGGCAACAACAAGGUCACCGAGGAGGAGGAGGCGUUCAACGAGUGGCUAGCCAAGCCCAUGGACGAGCGCUUGCCGUGGCUGCUCCCCUCGGCGUCGGAGCUGGAGGACGCCGGCGUCACGUUCCGGGCCAAGAAGUCCCCCCGGAGCCUCGUCGACGUGACGUUCCGCGCCCGCGACGGCGUGCUCGAGAUCCCGGCCGUGGAGAGCUACACGAACCGCGCCAUGUUCGCCAACCUCCUCGCGUACGAGCAGAGCCGGGGCCGGUGGGAGCUGCAGCGCCUGAUGAGCUACGUGGUGCUCAUGGCGUCGGUGGCAUCGCACGGGCGGCGCGACGUGGACAUCCUGCAGCGGGCCGGGGUGUUCGUCAAGGGGGACGAGGAGACGGCGGCGUUCUACGCGCACCUUGGCGAGCUCUGCGGCGGUGCCGCCGCCGGCACACCGGGCGUCGCCAACAACUGCUACGCCGACAUGUUCCGCGACGUGAGGGAGUACUGCGGCCGCAGCUGGAACAGGCACCGCGCCGUGCUCGCUCACGACUACUUCAGCAACCCGUGGACGAGCAUGUCCGCCGCCGCCGCCGUGCUCCUGCUCGUCCUCACCGUCGUGCAGACCGUGUACACCGUGCUGCCGUAUUACCACCCUUAAUCAUUGAUCCAUCAUCCUGCAUUCACGCAUGCACCGAGUAGUCACAAUCUUGGAGUACUCCCAGCGAAAUAGUAACUGGUGAACGUUCGCCAGGGGGAAACUCCCAGCGAACGUCUUAGCUGCCACACGAUCUUAUUAUGUAAACCUUUCAGCUUGAGCCGAUUCUCCUGUCAAUUUGCGUUGCUGUUCAUAUAUAUACGACAUACGAGUGCUCCUACUUUGAAUCCUGCAGGACGCUGGAUUUCAGUUGAUUCUCUUUCCGUGUCACGAUACAGCCAAACGUUUUAGGGCAUGUUCGGAAUGCAUGUAUGCAAAACAA